GACGUUCCUGAUUGUUUAUCUCCUUUUGGACAUAGAUUAGUGAAGGUUGUAACAGAUCGGCACCGAGUUCGUCCCAAAAGUUUCGUCAUGCUUGUUGAUUGAACCGAUGCUGAACAAAGCGGCCGUUUCUUAAGACUGGUGACAAAGGACCAGUGUUUCCGCAUGCGGCCGAUCCUAGGACGGUUCCCCCGGCUCCGGAGUAGACUACCUGCGUCGUGCCCCGCCUCCUCCCUGGGUGGGGUGACCGCGGGCAGCAGGUAAUCGCGAGAGCUUCGCCAGCGCACUAUGAUCCGCACAAGGGUUCUCACGGUAAAUACUGCCUGCCUUUUCCAAGUUCAGUAAAUAUGAGCCAGACAAGAUCUCAGCGGGGACACAGGGAUGGGAAUAACGAGCUCAGGGCGGAGAGAACGCGGAGGGACCAGAGAAACGGAAUGUCUUCAUCAGGUAACAGGUCAUCCUCACAGCCAUCUUACCCCAGGAGCUCUGUGAGCUCUCACAGGCAGACGAGGCACGGUCACCAGGAGCAGCCCCAGAGGUCCAAGUGGACAUAUAUCUGCUCCAGGAGAGGUAUCGUUUUGAUGUGCACGGUGCUGACCAACAUCCUGGUGUUGAUCUGCGUUGUUGCGGCGAUGAUGGUGAUGUCGGGAAUGUCGGCUAUGGGGGGUCUGGCCACCGGGAGCUUCAGCAUCAACACCAUGUACACCCCCUUCGAGGGCACCGAGCUGCAGCAGGUGCGCGACUUGGACAUGAAGUACAACCAGAUGCGAUCGCCAGGUGUCUACGGGGGCGUGACCUUCUGCCUGGCCCUCGGCGUGCUCUCGCUGCUCUUCGUGGUGUCUGGGAACCGGCCGGCUCACCUGCUGGCCCGUAAGCUGCUUCUUGGGAAGUUCGUCUUCCAGGUGGUGGGUGCCAUCGCCUAUGUGGUGGCGGUGGGCCUGUACCUGCACUUCGUCAUCCAGGUCAACGCCACCGACGUCUGCAAGAUGCGCGAGCGCCUGUAUGCCCGACAGGGCUACACCUGGAUGAACUGCAAUGUAGGGGGCGCCGACGCUGCUGUGGCCCUGUUUGGCCUCAUCACAGCUGGCCUAUAUGGCGCGGGUGCCGUCCUGACCGGCAUUACCAUCCGGCACGUAAGGAAUUACCUCUCACAUAUGGAUGACCGCGGGAGGUCCAGCCACGAGGAGACCUCCCACCAGCAGGAGGCCCCGUUGAGAUCUGACACGACAUUUUUGUGAAGGCUGCUUUCUGAAAUUAAUUUUUAUUUUUAUAUCUUUGUACAUACAAGAAUGGCAAAACCUUGCCUUUAUGCUAGUUAAUGUCUUUCUUCAUUUGGUUGAACUGUUGAUUUAAAUUAAUUUCACAGUUUAGAUCAUGUGAUUGGGUUGAUUCAUGAUUCCCUGAAACGUUUCUGUCGUGGUUAAACUAAAUGCAAACGUGCCAGUUCUUUUUACAGUUCACUCUAUUUGUAGAAUUUAUCAGAGUUACUUGGAAUUUAAUGUUAUUUUUACAGAAUGAGGCAAUAUUUGCUUAAUUGUCCAAGGGCUUAACAAGGGCUAAACAGCAUAAUUACUGAUAAACCAAAAUAGGGAAACUUUUAUCUCUAUUAUUUCAAGGAGCAAAAAUAUUUUGAAGCACCCGUUUUACAAAUGUAUGUGGAUGAUAUGUGACUAAAAAUGAGAUAUACCUUGAUUUGAUAUGACGUUAUGGAAUUACCUCAAAUUAACGAAACUUGAUAUUUUUUUUGUUUUUAGAUUUAAUAAGAAAAGAACUUCCCUUGGUAUCAGUAAAGUUCACCUGAACGAACUGAGAUUAUUCUAGCUCUUCCUCGACUUAACAGUGACUCAACAAGACUGGUGUUUCUGGUUCACACCAACUCAACUGAGCAUAACUGUAAUGGUUAUGACCUGUAGUAAAAGUUCCUUCAGAGGGACUGAGGGAGUCCUGACUGAAGGGGUUUCCAGAGUGGCUGGGGGUCAGGGAGACCCGCACUGCAGAGGCUCAUGUCACCAUUUUAUCGCUAUUCUAUUAUACUGUGAACCUUGAGCUUUUCCUCCCAUUACAUCUUAAUAGUUAUCUGAACAUUUGUAUAACGAUUUAUUAAAGAGGCUUUUUACUAAAA